CACCGUGACAAAUUUCGGUCUCGGCCGUUAUACUAUAUUACUUGUGGCGCUGUAAUCCAGAAAUUUCAUCAGCCAUCUGAAAAGUCACCACGUUCACGAAUGCUUCCCAGCCUCUUCCGCACCUCCACCUAGUGAUCGAGUGAUCUCGAGCAGAUGUCUAUCGAUCUUAACUGGGAGACCCUGACGACAGGACCCGAUGGAGAAGCUCUAGCGGAAAAGAUUCGAGAUUUUGUGCAUGCGAAGUUUCAAACGGUGACUUUGCCCCGUUUUAUUAAAAGCGUGAAAGUUCACGUGUUCGAGUUCGGGUCCAUUGCACCCCAGAUUGAGCUCAAGGAUAUCUGUGAUCCUCUACCGGAUUUCUAUGAGGAGACAGAGGGCGACUAUGGGGAUGGGGAUGAGGAGGAUGAGGAAAGCUGGAGACCAAGAGAUGGGAGUAAUGAGACAUUGAGGGGACGAAGGAAAGAGGAGAGGAAUGGCGCCGAAAGGGUCACGCAUCUGCCUCCAUAUGUCGAUACCAGGCUACCGAGAAUGAGACCGACGCAAUCUGCUGGAGAUACUGGAUCUCAGUUUCUUGGUAUCAGCACACCUGGAAUUCCGGGAGGGACAUCAAAUUUGCAUUAUUUUCACUCCCAACUUGCUUCCGGGCUCUCGGGCACUCAAACGCCACUUGCUGCCGUGGCGGGCGCUCAUCUCCCCAAUGGUUGGCCAGAUUAUACGAACAGUGACUCGGCAAGCGCAGGAGGAUAUGAUUCAGCCAGCGCAAGCUCUCUCUCCCCUCCUCAAACAGCCGACCAAACAGGGCAGCAAGCUCUACACGAACGUGCCAGCGUCUCUACUUUAGCUACUACACCAACACGGCCUCAAACCAGCGAAGGACAGCUCUCGGAAGCAGAAGAGGAGGAAGAAACUGCGUCGCCACCACGCCGGUUUCGCAAGGCAAGAGUGGAAGAUCUCCAGACAGUCUUCCGUGUUCGAUACAGUGGCGAUGUGAAGCUAUCUCUCACAGCCGAGAUUCUUCUCGACUACCCAAUGCCAAGUUUUGUUGGGAUUCCACUGAAGCUAAAUAUCACCGGCUUAUCGUUUGAUGGUGUUGGGGUGCUGGCGUAUAUUAGAAAACGAGCCCAUUUUUGUUUCCUGAGCCCGGAGGAUGCAUAUGCGGCGGUUGGGCCUGAUGGGGGGGAGGAUGAGGGUAGAGUCGGAGACCCGGACAUGAAGAUGGGGGACCUGCUGCAUGAAAUAAGGGUCGAAAGUGAGAUUGGACAGAGGGAGGGUGGUAAGCAAGUUCUAAAGAAUGUGGGGAAGGUGGAAAAGUUUGUGUUGGAGCAAGUUAGGAGGAUUUUUGAGGAUGAGUUUGUCUAUCCUAGUUUUUGGACAUUCCUUGUCUGAUCAUAAAACUAUCAAAGUUCUUAACCAAUCUGUCGGGCGUGAUAGAUCCCGAAACAAUAUGGGACUUGCAAAGCAAUCCCCGAGUAGCUGGCCAUUAGGUCCAGCAUGGUAUAGUCAUCGAUUGACAUCCUUGAGCAAUCACCGUGAGCUAUACUCGAGC